AUGAGUGUCUCCCAAGGGGGCUUGCCCCCUGGAAAGAAAAGGAAGGAAUCGAAGGAUUCAAUGGAUGCAAUUAUUGAAGAUAAUUCCCAGGUCGGUAAUGAUAAUACAAUUGACUAUGAUCUACAAUCAGGAGUAAUGCAGGUAGAACUUCCAACAUUAUCUCCCAAAAAAGCAGAUCGACCGCUUUUAACAUAUAAGCAGACUGAUAAGGGCCCCUAUCAUGUUUAUAUCGAAAACAAUGAACCAAAUUUCUCAGAAAAAUUGUCAUUUGCAUCAAAUAGAAAAUGGAACAUAAACAAAGCUUGCUGGAAUCAGUUCUGUUUCGAGAGUAUAAAUAGAUCUUAUGUAGAACCUGUUAUAGAUUACACCACUUUCAUCAAAAAUGUUAACCAGUCAGCUGAAGCUUCUAUUCCGAAAUAUGAAAACAAAAAUAAUGUCAAAGGAAAACCAUGGUGGACCAAUGAAUGUAAUAUAGCAGUAGAAAAACGUAUAUCAAGUCUGAGCAGGAGCCCCGCAACAUAUAUGAGUGUCUCCCAAGGGGGCUUGCCCCCUGGAAAGAAAAGGAAGGAAUCGAAGGAUUCAAUGGAUGCAAUUAUUGAAGAUAAUUCCCAGAUGAAUUUAGAUGCAUUUACCAUAAAGGAUUGA